UGAACUCCCUUAAGCGAUCAAGCCUGAGCAGCGAACGGAGGGGAGCAGAAAGCAGGCAGGAAGCUUUAUGGAAGCCCCAGGAAAAGACUCAUCAUCACCCUAAGAAGAAAGUGGGCCUUUGCCAACUUCAGGUGGAUUUUCUGGAGAGGUCAUCCUCCAUGGGACAUCCUACACAGGUACGGAUCCUAUUGAGUGCAAGCAGGACUGACUCCCAGAAAAUGGCUGGUAGGAUGGAGGCCCGAGGUCACCUACAAGCUACAGAGAAUCUGAAGAUGCAUGGGUUUAUUUUCUCCAAAAUCUUUCCAGGAGUUCCAGCUGUGACCAGUGGCUAAAUCCCUUGGCGGCUGCAGAAUGUCUGAAUGUCACCCAGAGACAGCGGUCAGCACCACCACCCUGCCUGCCGAUAGAGAAAGGAUGAAGCUCCCGUUCAAAGGCUGGCCGUGGUGACCGAUCCUUCAAGACCCUUAAAAAAGUUGCAUCCACUGUGCCUGACAGCGAGAACCAAGCCCACGAGGAGGCGAAAUUCAUGACGUCCGCUGGGAAACAUCAAUUCAGCCCCUGUUUUUGGAUGUCAAGCAUCGACAGGGAGGAGAUCCAAGGGACCCCAGGAAGCACAGCCUAAGGGAGAGACACGCAGAAAGCAAGCACGAUGGAGGUAGAGCCUCGGCUUCCAACUAGUCCCAACGGCAAGAAGAAACCAAGAAGGGUCGAGAGGGAGGGAAGAGCUUGGGCCUGAGUCACAAGCUGCCUUCUCCGAAAUCUCCUCCUCCUUUGGAGAGACUUUAAAGCAAGCCUGACACCAUGGUGGAAGAGCCGAAUGGCCCGGAGGACCUUUGCUGAACCUUCUGCUGGUGGCACCCAGCAGGUCGUCCCUGAGCAAGACGCAUUCUUUUUUGGCCCCCUUCUCCAUCCGAUGUGUCCCUUCGUGGUUCGAAACCAUGAAGAGAAAGGAGAGAACGGCGCGGCUGCCCGAGAAACACUAGCCAAAGGCGGGCCUCUGCCGUAAGGGGGAAAGAACACCUGUCUCCCGACCUCCAGCAGACCACGGGUGAACCCCUGCCUCCGUGUGUGCCCUUCCAAAUGGCAGGCCAUCAUCGGUGGGCGGCGACGUCAGCACUGUGCGCCUGCAUGGCGGCCGUGUCGCUCCUGUCCGUGGGAGAGGUGCGGGCCGACUGUUGGCUGAUUGAGGGGGAAAAGGGCUUUGUGUGGCUGGCCAUCUGUAGCCAGAACCAGCCCCCCUACGAGUCGAUCCCUCAGCAGAUCAACAGCACCAUUUUGGACUUGCGGCUGAACGACAACAAGAUCAAGAGCGUGCAGUUCUCCUCUCUCAGCCGCUUCAGUAACCUCACAUACCUCAACCUGACCAAGAACGAGAUCUCGUACAUCGAGGACGGUGCCUUCUCAGGACAGUACAACCUGCAGGUGCUGCAGCUCGGCUACAACCGCCUGAGGAACCUGACGGAGGGGAUCCUCCGAGGACUGGGGAAGCUGGAGUACCUCUACCUCCAGGCCAACCUCAUUGAGACUGUCACCCCCAAUGCCUUUGGUGAGUGCCCCAACAUCAUCAACAUCGACUUAUCCAUGAACAAGAUCCAGCGGCUGGACAGCAACACCUUCCGGGGCCUGAACAAGCUCAUGGUCUGUGAACUCUACAGUAACCCUUUCUACUGCUCCUGUGAGCUCCUGGGCUUCCUUCAGUGGCUGGAGGGCUUCACCAACAUGACACACACCUACGACCGCAUGCAGUGUGACUCCCCGCCGGACUACUCCGGCUACUACCUUUUAGGCCAAGGGCGGAGCAGCUAUCGGAACGCCUUCGGCAUGCUCUCUUCUCUCUGCACCGGAGGCCCCUACACCAUGCCGCCGUUCGUCAUCCUGCCCAAGAACCCGGUGACCACGGCGCCUCCGGAGAGCCCUUGCCCGGAAGAAGAAUGCUUCUCCGGGGACGGCACCACGCCGCAGGUCUCGCUGCACACCCCUGUGAUCGACCCAGGUUUGUAUCCCACUAUGAAAGUGAAACACGUGACCCACAACUCGGCCGUCCUGAGCGUGCAGAUCCCGGUGCCCUACAGCAAAAUGUACACCCUGGCCCAGUUUGAGAAUGGCCGGUACAACGUCCUCGCCAAGCUCUUGAAGAAGAAAGAAGACAUCGAGCUGACGGACCUGGGCCCGAACGAAGAUUACACCUACUGUGUGAUGUCCUCUAACCGCGUUUCGCGGUACAAUUACACCUGCCUCACCUUCAACCUCAACAAAGAGAACAAGGAAGAGCCAAUACAGAGCCCUUCGACUGCCACUCACUACAUCAUGACCAUACUGGGCUGCCUCUUUGGCAUGGUGAUCAUCCUCGGAGUCGUGUACUACUGCCUCCGGAAGAGGCGUCAUCAGGAAGAAAAGCACAAGAAAGCUGCCAUCAACAUGAAGAAGACCAUCAUUGAACUGAAAUACGGCCCGGAAAUGGAGACAACCAGCAUUUCGCAGCUGUCCCAAGGUCAGAUGUUGGGUGGCGAGACCAUGACCCGCAUCCCUUAUCUUCCCUCUGUGGGGGAGGUCGAGCAGUACAAGCUGAUCGACAGCAGCGAGACCCCCAAGGCUACCAAGGGCAACUACAUGGAGGUGCGGACAGGUGAGCAGCCCGAAAGGAGGGAGUGUGAGCUCCCGAUGCCGCCCGACAGCCAGAGCUCUGUAGCAGAGAUCUCCACCAUUACCAAAGAGGUGGACAAGGUGAACCAGAUCAUCAACAACUGCAUUGAUGCCUUGAAAUCAGAAUCCACCUCUUUCCAGGGGGUGAAAUCGGGGGCCGUGUCCACCGCCGAACCUCAGCUGGUGCUCUUGUCGGAACAGAUCCCCAGCAAACACAGCUUUCUCGCCCCGGUUUACAAGGAGAGCUACAACCACCCACUGCAGAGACACCACAGCAUGGAAGGUCCUCCGAAACGUUCUAGCACUUCUUCCAGCGGCUCCAUACGGAGCCCCAGAUCCUUCCGCUCCGAGGGCUCCGGCCACAAAUCAGAAGCCAAAUAUAUCGAGAAGACGUCUCCGACCACUGACACCAUUCUCACUGUGACACCGGCAGCCGCUAUCUUGCGGGCCGAGGCCGAGAAGAUCCGCCAGUACAGCGAGCACCGGCAUUCGUACCCAGGGUCCCAUCAGGGAGAGCAACACGACAACAUGGGCGGGCGCAAGCCUUCUUCCAUCUUGGAACCUUUGACCAGGCCCCGCCCGAGGGACUUGGCUUACUCCCAACUCUCUCCUCAGUACCACAACCUGAGCUACACCUCCAGCCCCGAGUACACGUGCAAACCAUCCCACAGCAUCUGGGAGCGCUUUAAACUCAACCGCAAGCGGCACAAAGACGAGGAAGAGUACAUGGCUGCCGGCCACGCCCUGCGCAAAAAGGUCCAGUUCGCCAAAGACGAGGAUCUUCACGACAUCUUAGACUACUGGAAAGGGGUGUCCGCGCAGCACAAGUCCUGAAUCCUCAGCCUGCUUACUCGUGACUUAACCACUGGACCAAACAAAACAAUCAAAAACCAACCAACCCAUAAAAAUCAGCAGCAGCUAUUCUUUUUUUCAUCCAGACUUGUCUUUAAAAAAAGAAAAAUGAAAAACAAACAAGUAACUUAUGAGCAUCUAUAACUAUUCUAUAUAAUGUAUCAGAGAAAGAAAGGGAAAGAGAUUGAGAGGGAGAGCGGAAGAAAGGUAUUUGGUCACCAUCUCACAUUUGGUGGGAUCCGCACCAAAUUUGAAUGGAACCAGGGGAACCCAAAACGCUUAAAAACAGUGGAGGAAAGAUAAAGAGAAUUUUGUUUUCUUAAAAGAAAAUAGAGAGAGAAAGAGAGAGAGAGAGAGAGAGAGAGGACAGAAAAAGAGGGGAAAAACCUGAAUAAAAGUGAAAGCAAGCGAGCAAGCAAAACGAGAAAGAAAGGAGAGAAAAAUAAAAGUGUAGGAGAGUCAGGCAGAAAACAAAACGGAGUACGGCGUAAGCACUACCGCGUCGCAUGGCUCCUUCUGUGAUUUUUUUUUUUGUGGACUCUGUGUACAGAUUUGUCUUCUUCCUUUCAGUAACCAAAAAAAAACUAAAAAAAACAAAAGUGAACAAAGAGAGAAAGAGAGAGAGAGAGAGAUUAAGGAGGAAAGAGAGGGAGAAGGAGAGGUGAAUCAGAAAAAGUUAGCAGAAGGAUUAAAAAAAAUAAAACAGAAAUCCUUUGGGCCUUUUGCAAAUGGAGUCUUCCAGUUCAGACUAUUAAUUGCCUGAAGUCCCAUUUGUGCAUUUUUUUUCUUUCUUUCUUUUAUUGUUUCCUCUUUUUUGGGGUGGAAGGGUCUGUCACAAUGUCGCACUGUAAAACUGACACCGUUCUAUUGUACAGAGAGAGAGAGAGAGAUUUCUAUAUUUGCAAAUGUUUGCUGUAUAAUGAGAAAGAGAGAAAGAGAGAGGAAAAAGAAAAAAAAUAUUACAUCUACUAAAAGAAAUAUAUCUAUAUAUUCACCUGUUUGUACCAGGUUUUAAUCAUGGAUUUUAGAAAAAAGAAAAAAAAACACUCUACCGCUGGGUUUGGUUUGAAGUUUUUUUAUAUAUAUAAAAAAAGUUUUGGUUUGUUGUUCGUUGUGGAAGCGGGGUGGGGGUGGUGUGUGUGUGUGUGUCUCUUGCUUUCCAUGAAUGUUUGUGACUUUUAAUUAUGGACAACUUCAAGUGCACUGAGAAAAAGACACAUUCUGUAAGAGAAAACAA